AAUUUGAGGUAUGAAAUGGACCCGCAAGUUGGUCUUAUUACGAAAUUUGUAAUGACGGGUGAGAGGGUGCAGGUGGAUGGGCGACCGAAUGGGGUCGAGGGGGGCAGUCGUCGUAGGAGGUCAUCCCUCGACAGUUGUGAUUGCGACAGCGUUGGGCUGAAUGGCCAACCCUCCUCAAAAGUACUCCUCGUCAAAUUGGCCAACGACUAUUCGGCGUAUCUUCAAACAGAUCUCUCCCUUCAGAUUACAAAAGUGGAAGAAUUCAUUCUUGAAAACAUCGCCAAACUAGAAGAGUUUCAAAGUUUAUACGAAAUGAAAGAAGGUGAAAGGAAAGCAUGGGCGACCCAUUUGCCAGACAUCAUUAGAACAGGGUCGUUAUUAUCGAUAACACUAAAUCAGAGGUUGGAUGCAUUGUCCUGUCUUAUUCUCUCCAUUAAAUGUGCACUGGAUAAGUUGGAGGGUGAAAUAAGCCAGACAGAGAUGAAAUUAGGACUUAGUCCUCAUAAUACUUCCACAGCUAUACGAUCUGUUUUUAAAUACUUUUAUAAGGCUGGGGAAACAGGAUCUGAUCACAGCUUACCCAGGAACAAGAGCGACAAGGCGUCUUCACUUGUGUCUUAUCAGCAACUACGAGGACCUGAUCCGUUACAUCUUGCGCAGUUUUUCCAUUGAAGGUGGCAUGAAAUGGAAAUAGACAUAUGAUAAAUAGUAGGGUUAUAGAGCUUUUGAUUGAUGAUAAAACUCGUUAUAAUCAGAAUAAUAGAUACAUUGUAAUUUCGUUUAAUUUUCACUUCAUAAUACUGCUUGACUUGUACAUUGUAUUUAGAGUUUAUCUCGUCGAAUAUACUGGUCGUGUAUAUACAAAUUCAUGUAGUUUCCUAACUUAUUAUUUAAAAUAGUUACAGUAUACUUAUAUUUUAAUGUAUUGGAAUUUCAACAACCUAACCUAUCGUAAGGUUCUUAUGGCCAUAACUUGACUGAUUACAACAAACAUUCCAAAUAAUAAAACGCAAUAGAAAGUUUGUCAGCGUCAUAAUAAAAUCAAUUCAAAUAAAAUAAUUAAAGUACAA